AUGCAAAGCAACGAAGAAUUACCUGCUGACUUGUUGGAUCCUUAUGAGGUUUUAUUUUUUUCACAUAUACCAGAUGAUUCUUUACUAGAUGAGAUUUUUGAAGAUGACGACUAUGAUAGUGAUGCUAAUAUAGAAGAAUUAACUAAUAAAACCAAUACGAUUAUUCUAGACAAUGAAAAACAAAUUAAUAAAGAAAAGGCUAGAGGAAGGGAGAAAGGACGUAAAAGUAGAGAAGGAAAAAAUAUAGCUUUAGAAAAAAAAGCUAAAAUAUCUGCACAGUUACCUGUACCACCUGUUUUUAGUUACUUAGAACAUAAUGUACCAUUUCAUCAAGGUUUUAUUCGAUUACUACCAGCAUUCCCUGAUAACAAUAUUAUUCUAUACGGAUUAAUUAGGCUAUUUUUUUCACAAACAAUUUUAACUACAAUUUUAACAAAUACCAAUGAGUAUGCAGAAUUGAAACAUGCUGGUAUAAUUGGAUGUUCUUG